AUGGCCUUUAAUCAAGUGACUGCAACCUCCUUGACGCCCUCACGACCCGCCCCUGCCGCUCCAAUACGGCGAGGAACCGAUAUCCAAAAUGUGCUUGCUGCUUCCGGAUAUACCUCGUCUUUCUCGGUUGGGACAUCCUCACCUUCUGGCUCUUCCUACGCCUCGUCAUAUUCAGGCAUAGGAGGGUCCCCCAAUCGCAACUCAGACAUGAGCUCGCAUUCGAACACCGUGAGGGUCGGGUAUGUCUCGAUCAAGGAGGAUGGUGUCAUCAGCUGGCUAUGGAGACCGAAGUGGUUGAUCCUGAAGGAGCAGACGCUUACGAUCCAUAAGAAUGAGACCACAGUGCAAUACCAAAGUCUCAUAAACCUUGGUGACAUCGCGAAUAUCGAGCGAACGGACCUGAAGCCCUACUGUCUACUCUUGGAGACGAAGGACAAGCGCAUAUUUUUCUCACUUAAGAAUGACGAGGAACUCUACGGUUGGCAGGAUGACAUCUAUUCGCGAAGUCCGUUGAUGGGCGUCAGCAAUCCCACAAAUUUCGUACACAAGGUACACGUUGGGUUCGACCCGGUUUCAGGGGCCUUCACGGGUUUGCCUGACGCAUGGAGCAAGCUGCUCACCAAGUCAGCGAUCACGCGCGAAGACUACGCAAAGGACCCCCAAGCGGUGCUGGAAGUGCUGGAAUUUUACACAGAUCACAAAAAGCGGGAGAUAGAAGAGAUGGGCGACUUUGGCGGCACGUUGUCUCCGCGCUCGACGAGCGGCACGAGCGCGUCGACCCUCGUUGGCUCGACGUACUCAAGCACAAGCACACUUACCCCGUACUCCGACACGACCAGUGCGCCACGGUUUAAUGCCGGAACAGGACUCGGCGGAGCUGGCAUGAACAAGAUGUCCCCGCUGACCGACACCCGGCCACAGGCAAAGCGACAAGACUCCGCGCCAGCAACUAUGAAUGGGACCGACACCGUCACAGGCAUCAACGGUGUACAGAUGUCGUCCAGCGCCGCACUCGCCCGGGCCGCGGAGCUGGUGAACGGGUCGCACGCCCAGCAUGCGAACACCAUUUCGGCCGCACAGGCGAAUCCCGCUCUCCGCCCGACUAUCCCACCCAUGUCCGCAGGGUCCCUCCAGGCGUCACGGCCUGCACCUGCACGGCCCCUUCUCACCGCUAACCGCCCCGCCCCGCCGGCGCCGCACGGCGGCCUGCCGAAGCCUCCGCUCCCCGACCACACACCCUCGUCCGCCGACCUCCGUGCGCGCGCCAGGGCGCUUGGGCCACCAACGGAUACACAGACAGCAAAGCCGCCAAGCCUUCAGAAGGACCUGUCUGGCGAGUCGUCGGAUAAGACGCGACCUAACAUCGCGCAGACCAAGACGGCGCCUGCGACUACGCUACCUAUCUCGCAGUCCACUAGUGGGUCUGGUGCGACGGCAGCAAUUAAGCCUCUGCAGCCGAUGAAGAAGCCGUCGGCGCCGAAGGAACCUGCAGUCACCGUCACUCCGCCUGAGGAGAGGGGUGGCGGGGUGGCGGCGGCUGCGGCGGCGCUCGAGAAACCGAAGGAGAAGGAGAAGCGCAUCAGCACGAUGAACGAGGUACAGAUCAUGGAGAAGUUGCGUAGUGUUGUAAGUGAGGACGAUCCGAAGACAAUGUACAGUAAGAUUCGCAAGGUUGGGCAGGGUGCAUCCGGGCAUGUGUAUGUCGCGAAGACGCUUGCAACUGGGAAGAAGGUCGCUAUUAAGGAGAUGGACCUGUCGAAUCAGCCGCGGAAAGAGCUUAUCGUUAACGAGAUCCUGGUCAUGAAGGAGUCGCAGCACCCGAAUAUUGUGAACUUCCUUGAAGCUUAUCUAGUCAAGAGCAAUGAGCUUUGGGUGGUGAUGGAGUAUAUGGAAGGUGGUGCGUUGACUGAUAUCAUAGAGAACAACACCUUGGAGGAGGAUCAGAUCUCGAGUAUCUCUUUUGAGACCUGCAAGGGGUUGGGACACCUGCAUAGCCAGCACAUCAUCCAUCGCGACAUCAAGUCUGAUAAUGUCCUCCUAGAUGCUCAGGGUCAUGUCAAGAUUACUGACUUCGGCUUCUGUGCGAAGCUCACCGACCAGAAGUCGAAGCGUGCCACGAUGGUGGGCACACCGUACUGGAUGGCCCCAGAAGUCGUUAAGCAGAAAGAGUACGGCGCCAAGGUGGACAUCUGGUCACUCGGUAUCAUGGCGAUUGAAAUGAUCGAGAACGAACCUCCGUAUCUGGAUGAGGAACCGUUGAAGGCGCUGUACCUCAUUGCGACUAACGGGACGCCAACGUUGAAGAAGCCUGAGGCGUUGAGUCGGGAGCUGAAGGGCUUCUUGAGCGUGUGUCUAUGCGUAGAUGUGAAAAGCAGGGCCACUGCUGACGAACUGCUGGAGCACGAGUUCCUGAAGAAGGCAUGCGCGCUGUCGGGUCUCGCGCCUCUCCUGCGGUUCAGGACGAAGCAGUCGUCAUGA